AUGCCCCUCUACGCGGCAGGGUCCAAUUCCGAGGGCCAGCUGGGGAUUGGCAGCACCGACGAUGCGUCUACCUUUCAGCCGUGCCUUGCCAUGCUGCACAACACCGUGCAGCCAUUCCCUCCGGCUGGCGCCCACAUAAAAACCCUCGCAAGCACGGGCACAGCGACGCUGGUGCACCUGGCGCACGCCCGCGAACCCUUAUGGAUUGCCGGCACAGCGCCCAGCACAGGCAACGCGGCAUAUUCCGUAUUCCACGCUAUGGACAUGCAAGCCAUCUAUACUGCCGCACAAAUCCACUCCGAUUCUGCCGUGCACACGAUUGCAGCGUCGUGGGACUGUUUCUUUCUUGUGCUCCGCACGCGGACCAACGACGUAUGCAUCUCGCUUGGCGUAACGAAUACGUUUGGCCAACUCGGUACCGGCAACGAGCGCCCUUCUUCUAGCAUCCACCGCGUGCACUUCUCCCCCACAGCCCCGCUCUGGCCAUCCACCGCACAUUCCCACGGCACCUUUCGUAUUGCGUCCAUUUCCGCCGGUGUGCGGCACAUGCUCGCCGUAGUAACGUAUACCAGCGCUGAUGUGUGCAUCACAGCCGUGUAUGGAUGGGGCGAGGCGCGCCAUGGGCAGCUUGGCUCGCCGCGCCCCCCGGCAAGAAAAGACGCAGGAGGCGUGCCGCGCAGGAUUCGCAGCACGCCCAUGCUGCUGGGCAUGUGGCCGUACAAUGGGACGGUACAGGCAGCGUGUGGCAUGCAGCACUCGGUGCUUGUAUUUUCGGGCGCAACUACUGCGCUGUGGAUGAUGGGUGCUGGCCGUUUCGGGCAGACCAACGCUGCUGCGUGCAUCCCGCACGGCGCACGGGCCUCGACGCCUGCCGCGCCUGCCGCGCCUGUGCCCGCGCAUGUAGCUGCGCACACGGUCGAUCGCCGCUGCGUACAAGCAGCGUGCAAUUGGAGCACCACCCUCUUGCUAUGGGAGGGCGGCGCGGUCACUGGCUGCGGAAGCAACGCGCAUGGCCAAUUGAGCGGCGCCGGCCAGUGGCACGAGCCGGCAGCGCUCGCAGCCGGGAGCGAGCACAGCGUGCUGCGCGAGGGAAGCACGCUGUAUGGCUGGGGCUGGAACGAGCACGGGAACCUCACUGGUGCAGCCGAGAGUGUCGCGCGGCCCGCGCAGCUUUCUGCGCGGUGCACACAAGCAUGGGCAGGAUGUGCGACAACAUGGAUAGAAAUGGAUUGA